UAUGGUGGAUACAGAAUCCGGAAGCGUCUGUUUCCACCGCGAGAGCUCGGUGAUGUGGCGACGGUCGACGCUUGGCAGAUUAAGUUUGUCUAGGUGCUCCGUAACUUGGCUAACAACAGGUACCUAACUGAAAGAUGUCAGAUCCCAGCAAGCAAGAGAUUGCGGCCAUCUUCAAGCGGCUGCGGUCAGUGCCCACGAAUAAGGCAUGCUUCGACUGCAAUGCUAAGAACCCCAGCUGGGCCAGCAUCACCUAUGGAGUCUUUUUAUGUAUUGACUGUUCCGGAACGCAUAGAUCUCUUGGUGUGCACCUGUCCUUCAUCAGGUCUACCGAGCUGGACUCCAACUGGUCCUGGUACCAGUUACGCUGCAUGCAGGUGGGCGGGAACGCCAAUGCGAUGACUUUCUUCCAUCAGCACAACUGCAACGCAUCUGCAGCUAACGCCAAGUACAACAGCAGAGCUGCACAGCUCUACAGAGAGAAGAUCAAGAGUCUGGCCACUCAGGCCACCAGACAGCAUGGCACAGAGCUGUGGUUGGACGGCCAGGCGCCUCUCUCUCCUACAUCACCUCUAAGCAAGCAAGAGGACUUCUUCAGCCUGCAUGUACAUGUUGAACCUAGUACAUCUCAGAUGAACUUGGAUCCCACGACAGCGGAGCAGACCAAAGUGCAGGAUAUCCCAGAAGCAGACAACGGAACACCGGAGGAAGGCCCUAGCGUGGACCUGCUCAGUGUCUCCCCGAAAGCUGUUCUGGCUGACCCCUCCUGUACAGGAAUCUUGCAGAGUAAAGAGUCCUCUCUGAUCAGGAAGAAGCCAGGCCCUGCUAAGAAAACGCUUGGCUCAAAGAAGGGCGGCCUGGGGGCUCAGAAGGUGAGCAGUAAGAGCUUCUCGGAGCUGGAGAAGCGCGCGCAGGCCGUGGACAAACAGCGGGAGCGUGAUGACACCCCGCCGAAGCCCAGCGAGGCCGAGGAACCCACAGUGUCCUCCAUGCGGCUGGCCUACAAGGACCUGGAGGCACAGCGUAAGCAGAACGACCAGAAGCUGAAGAACAUGGAGGGGAAGAAGAAGGAGCAGGCCGAGAGGCUGGGGAUGGGCCUAACCAGCCGGAGCGGUGUGUCACACUCGGUGCUGUCCGACAUGCACACCAUCCAGCAGGAGUCUCCCGCGGAGGCCAAGGGGUCGUGGGGCAAGAAGUAUGCCGUCGAGGACGACGCCGAAGACGACGGCUCCUUCUCUUCCAGGUUCUCCAGAAUGUCCUCGAGAUACACGGAUGAGUUUGCAGAACCUUCCAGCAAGUCCUCCCAGUGGGGGGAGCCCAAAGGGUCCUCUGGGAAGCAGGAGAGCCUGAAGCCAGAGCCAGACUUCUUCCUCAGCUCAAAGACAUCAUUUGACGAAAGGGCAACAAGACGAAAACACGAACUGGAGCCCGUCUCUUCCACGGAUGAGGCUCAGAAGAAGUUUGGCAACGCCAAGGCCAUCUCCUCCGACAUGUACUUCGGGAAUCAGGACAACACUGAGUAUGAAACCAGGACCAGGCUGGAGAGGCUCACCGGCAACUCUGCCAUCAGCUCUGCCGACCUGUUCGAAGAGCAGAAGAAACAGACGGGCUCGGGCUCGUACAGCCUGAGCAACGUCCUGCCCAACGCGCCAGACAUGUCCCAGCUCAAACUCGGGGUCAGGACCGUAGCAGGGAGGCUCUCCGUGAUGGCCAGCGGCGUGAUGUCAUCCAUCCAGGACCACUACAGCACUUGAGUGCCCUCUUGCACCUGUGGUUCCAGCAGAGGUGUAUCUGGGCACACGUGUUGUAUGUAUCUCCACCGCAGCGGGGACCAUUCCUCUGCGAGGUGUAUGCCUGAAGACAAAGACUCGUGUCCAAGCAGAAGUUACAAUGAAGAAUCUUUUUUUUUUUCAAUGUAAACCGAAGCUUUUUUUUUUUUUUCCUGGUAUGUGGUUUUGUGUAAUCUUGAAGUCGACAUAUUUAAAAAAUGUUUAUUUAGGAGCAGUUCAAGAGCUCUGGUGUAGCCUAUAGUAAAAGAGGUCUUUUGCACUACCCAUCCUGACAGAGGGAAGAAGCAUUUUUGAGGCAAGUUUUACUGAGGCUUGUAGCUUUAGCGUUUUCUUUUGGAUUUGAUGCUGGGAAUCAGAUGUAUAUGUCUGUUUAAAUGCCACUAGUGAGAGUAAAACCUAUGAAGGUUUACUGCUUCUUUGCAAACGUGGGGCUUGAGCAAACACAAUGCUGCACAUUACUGUAAAGGCCCGACAUUUUAGAAUUGUGUGCCGGGCUAUAUGACAGUAGUUCUCUUCAGCAUUCCAAAACCAGCCUUUAAGGCCAUAUUCUAGCCUCAUUUUAAAUGUCAAGUGCCCUUAAAUUGGCAUGCUAACCAUCACAGAGCACCCUGGACGUUCGGACAGGAUUGUAGUAAAUAAUUUUCCCAGCGUUCAGAUCCACUCAAAUUGAUUAGUGUAGACAACUGGUCAUCUCUCUCACAGAUCUCACGCUGACUGUGUGGGCAAAAGCAACACUGAAGGACCAAACAUAGCAGAUGUUCUCCUACUUGGGGAAAGUCCAUGCUAUACUUGUUUUUUCUGACAUUUUUUGGGAAAGAGCAGUUUCUUUGUAAUACUGAGGUAGUGUGUUCUCUGAUAUUAAACCUGUUGAGAGGAUAUUUGCUGUGGUUUGAGCAGAGCUAGUUCUGCUUUGAGUGGUAGUCUGAAUGGAGCCAUCUCAACUGCGGUAUGGUUUAGCUUAGUUUGAUAGCACUAAGUGAACAGAGCUACUUUGGUGUUUGGUAGCGAUUUCAAUGAAGUAGACAAUCAUUUUUUGAUCCUGAGCUGUUAAUUCCCUCUAGAAAGCAUUUUCAGACUGUUGGCCAGAAUUGGGGAAAAAAACACGGAAUUUGACCUUAAAGGCCAAUGCAGUGCACUGCCCAGACCAAAAUAUAAUCAAUGCACUUUUCACAUACUGUCAUUUUAGUGCUGAUAUCCUUAUUAUACAUUCUACAGCUGGUUAGGGUGUCUGAUCACUUAUCACUGUGGAAAGUAGUUAUUGAAUAUUGUAUAGUGGAAUUCUGUGAGUGUCUUCAUUAAAACUCGGAAUUUCACAGUUAAUCGCUUGCUAUAGCAACUUCAGCCAAAAAUAUUUUUUGCACAAUCCUGAUAAUUUUAUUUUGAUGAGGUUUAUUAAAGUUGAUCAUUAGGAAUUUGUGUAAUCAGAUUUACAAAAUAGCAGCUUUAAUGCUUUUUGAAUGUAUGCUGCCAUUGUUCAGCCGGGGAUGCGUGCCUCAGCAAGGCUUGUAGCCCCUGCAUGCACUGUUUGCACGUGAAGGUCCGAGCACAGAAUCCCAGCACUAGUUCACAAAAAGAUGGGCAUUGGAGAGCAGGCAUACACAGAGCCGUGUGAUCUGCUGUCUAUAAGAUCUGUUUAUCUAUUGCUCUGGUAGUAUUUCUGUAUCAUCUGUUCCCCCCCCCAAGUACCACUUAUUUGAUACACUGUCUAUUAUUUGAGAGAAAUAUAACCUCUAUACAUAUAAAGAUGAUAUAAACCAGAGAAACUACCUUUAAAGCUGUUUUUGUAGAAAAUGACCUCCAUAUUAAAAAAGAAGAAAAAAAAAAUCUCUUCAUAAAAUCCAAAUCAUUCCAAGGCCAAAUUUUAUUGCCCUUUGGACUAAACAGUGAAGAUAUGGUGCCUUCAUUCAGAGUGUAGCGUGGUAAUUAAAGACUUGGUUUAAAAAAAAAUAAAAUAAAAAAAACUCAUGUUCCAUAAACUGAAUAAAACAGGCUUAAUGCCUUAUCCUUUGUUUCUUUAUGUAUGCCAGUUAAAGACAAUGUUUUUAACGGGGUAUUUAAUAAAGCUUAUUAAAAUAAACACACAUAUGCAUCAUUUACCUGGAAUUAGAACUCUCACGUAGACAUGUACAGACCCAAGCAAGCUUGAAUUUAUAUAUGCUUUUGUUGCACAGUAUAGGGAACCAAGCAUCAGUUAAGCACAUGGUGUAAUGGGCUACAGUAACAGUGGUGCUGCAUCACAAUCUCGCACAGCCAGUUGACUAUGUCCAAAAAAUAAAAAUAAAAACUACCAGCUCAAAUGUUGAAUAAACUGUUGCUCCCCUAAA